CCACAGACAACGGCGCUACGUAUGUGCGGCGAGAAAGCGAGAAAGCAAUUCACACAUACAUUUCGGCCACCAGCAAUAGAAUAUCGCACUUCUUUUGUUUCUUCACUUCAUCAACCCAUGCAGCCGGAUUCUCGCUUGCCGCACGUCGUCUGGGAAAAUAAAACGCCUUGCCUUUUAAUUUCGCGACUAGGAGUUGAGACCGGAAACUAGUUUCACAUUUGGAGACCCCCGGCUUUUUUAUCUGGGGCACCGUCACUGUUUUGAAAAGCUGCGGCGCUGCUGUUUUAUUGCCAGCUAGCUGUCAAGUUCGAGACAAAGUGGCGGAAGUAUCCACGGCGCUCCGUUUGCGAAUUGCACUUUUCUAUCGCAUAUUUGUUCUCUUCUCCACCAUAUAAACUGAGAUAUUUGUCUUUUUGAACCCCCCCCCCCCAACAAAUUGCUGGCCAGGAAACCAAGCAAGCAUGGCCGACGCAGACGACUAUCUCCAAGAGGGCUUCGACCCGCGCAGCGUUACCGUUCCGCGACUGCGCUCGAUCCUCGUUACGCACAACGUCGAGUAUCCCGCCACUGCGAAAAAGCCCCAGCUAGUCGAGCUCGUUGAGGAGCAUGUUCUGCCGCAGAUCCCGAAGCUGCGCGCUCAACGCGCCCGCGCCAAGCGGUCCAGCAUGGGCAUCGUGAAUGCGGGCAGUGCCGAGGACAACGGCGCAUGGGACGACCACGACUUGAAGCCUACGCCGUCCAAGCCGCGUCGAUCAGCAUCGCCUCGAAAGGCCUCGAACAAGAUCAAGCGCGAAGAGGAUGAGCCAGCGCAGACGCCCGUCAAAAGCCAGCCGAAGCGCAGUUCGCGAACUGCCAGCCGCUCAGUGAGCCGACAGUCAUCGCACUAUGAAGAGGACGAGGCGCCCCAGUAUGAAGCGCCCAGGUCAACGCGCCGCUCUCAGUCUCAGAGAUCUGCAACACCGAAAAUCAAGGACGAGCCGGAAGUAGAGGAAGACACGCCCAUCUCAUCCCAUUACACUUCCACUCCGGUCGCUGCGACGCCCUACGCCCCUACGCCCUAUUACAGUGCGCUGAAAUCUGCUGCGCCGCCAUCUACUAUUUCUACUGUUUCUGCUGCUCCCUACGAGGAAGAAGAAGAGAGCGUCUUUAGUGAUGAUAAUCCAUUCCAGAGGGGCUCUCCCGCCAUCAAGACACCGAGCCGGAGACGACCGGGUUUCGAGGAGAUCCUUAGAAGCGAAAAGCCUGGCUCCCGAAGACGUCAGGAUGAGUUCAUCGAGCCUUUAUCCAUCGAACGGCCGUCCACCACUGCGAGAUCUCAGGGACUGUCUUCUUCUAAGUUGAGACACAGAACGCCAGAUUGGUCAAUGGAUCCCGGCGAGGAAUUUACGCCUGAUGCGCAGCUGGAGCUCGAGGAGGCAGCCAGGAGGGGAGAGGCCGAGAUUGUGCCCAGGAGGCACUCUAAGCCUGCCCGCAAGACAAACCUGAGGACACCCUUCUUCGUCCUCUUUAUCUCUCUGCUCGGUGUCUACUUAGCCUGGUAUCGACAGGAAAAGAUUGCCGUUGGCUACUGCGGGCUCGGUCGACCAGCGACAGAGAUCAUUCCCCCCGAUCUUCCAGUGCCCGAUUUUAUAAUUCCAUUCGUGGAGCCUCAGUGCGAGCCAUGCCCUUCGCACGCCUACUGCUACGAGGACUUUUCCGUUCGCUGCCACAGCGACUUCGUCCUUAAGCCCCACCCUCUGUCUUUUGGCGGGCUUGUCCCACUUCCUCCCACCUGCGAGCCGGAUGGCGAGAAGGCCCGCCGAGUCCAGGCAGUUGCUGAUAAGGCCAUUGAAGAGCUUCGCGAGCGCCGCGCCAAAUAUGAAUGUGGCGAGUUGGUCGAUGAGUCUGGCGCCCAAGUUGGCUCUCCAGCCAUUGCUGAAGAAGAGCUCAAGUCGACCGUGAGCAGGAAGCGCAGCAAGAGGCUGAACAGUGACGAAUUCGAAGAUCUUUGGGUGGCUGCCAUUGGUGAAAUCACCACUCGCGAAGAAGUGAUUGUGGAGAUCGCAACGACUACAUCGUCCGGUCCCUCAGGCCUUUCAAACCGCAAGCUAUCGUCCAGCUCUCUCGCUCGCCUUCCGAUCACCUGUGCGCUCAAGCGCUCCGUCCGCCUCGGGUUGGCAAGAUAUCGACUCCCAAUUGGACUUUUAAUGUCCGUCGUGCUGGCCGUUUUCUACCUGCGGGCUCGAUACCGCCAACACUUGCUGUAUUCGGCGCAAGUUCCGGCUUUGGUCGACUUGGUCUUGGACCGACUGGCUAAUCAGAAGGAGCUGGGCGCCGAAGAGAUAGAUGAUCCCUGGUUGUUUUUGCCCAAUCUGAGAGAUGAUGUGCUUCGCUCCGUUCAUAAGGUGGCUGAGAGAGAAAGAAUUUGGCAAAGAGUUAAGAAAGUCGUUGAGCAGAACAGCAAUGUUCGUACCGGCCAACGAGAAGGCAGGAGUGGCGAGGUUGGCCGAGCCUGGGAAUGGAUUGGCCCUAUUAACGGCGAGGGAGCCCGCAGAAGGCGGAUGAGUGGUAGAUGGACGCGAGAUCUGGCUGCUGACUCACCGGCCACAGCGGUGGAGAGCAAGAAGUGGACAGAAGGAAGGCCAAUUUAUUAGUAUUGAGUGGUGAGGUGUUUUGCUUUUGCUUGGCUAGGUUGUAUGUUCAGGGAACUGGUAUUAUUAUUAUUUUUUUCGGGAAGGGUCAAUUAUCGGUUUUUCGUCCAACCGCUGUAUUUAUUAUCUAUCGCCAACUUGUGUUUAUAAUGUGUGUAUGUUUUUACUUAGUGUUGGAUUGGGUAGGGUACCUAGGUAGAUAUCAGUAGUAUCAAUUUGAAUAGCUUCCAAC